AUGGACAGCAGGGUGUGGGGUGCCUGCAUCUUCUACUUGCUGAGCCCACUGCCAGUUGUAUGGGGUCAUGUGCACCCAGAGUGUGACUUCAUCACCCAGUUGAGAGAGGAUGAGAGGUCAUGUCUGCAAGCAGUGGAAGGGAUGCCCAACACCACGCUGGGCUGCCCGAGGACAUGGGAUGGGCUGCUGUGCUGGCCGAUGGCAGGCUCUGGCGAGUGGGUCACUCUCUCUUGUCCAGAUUUCUUCUCUCACUUCAGCUCAGAGCCAGGGGCUGUGAAGCGGGAUUGCACCAUCACGGGCUGGUCUGAGCCCUUCCCACCUUACCCUGUGGCCUGCCCUGUGCCGCUAGAGCUGCUGACUGAGGAGAAAUCCUACUUCUCCACCGUGAAGAUCAUCUACACCCUGGGCCAUAGCAUCUCCAUCGUGGCCCUCUUCGUGGCCAUUGCCAUCCUGGUUGCUCUCAGGAGGCUCCACUGUCCCCGGAACUACAUCCACACCCAGCUGUUUGUGACCUUCAUCCUCAAGGCGGGAGCUGUGUUCCUGAAGGACGCUGCCCUCUUCCACGGGGAGAACACAGACCACUGCAGCUUCUCCACUGUUCUCUGCAAAGUCUCUGUGGCCACCUCCCAUUUCGCCACCAUGACCAACUUCAGCUGGCUGUUGGUGGAAGCUGUGUACCUGACCUGCCUCUUGGCCUCCAAGUCGCCCAGCACAAGGAGAGCCUUCUGGCGGCUGGUUCUUGCUGGCUGGGGGCUUCCCCUGCUCUUCACUGGCAUGUGGGUGUGCUGCAAGGUGGCCUUUGAGGAUGUUGCGUGCUGGGACCUGGAUGACAGCUCCCCUUACUGGUGGAUCAUCAAAGGGCCCAUCGUCCUCUCUGUUGGGGUGAACUUUGGGCUUUUUCUCAAUAUUAUCCGCAUCCUGCUGAGGAAACUGGAGCCGGCUCAGGGCAGCCUCCACACCGAGCCUCAGUACUGGCGUCUCUCUAAAUCAACACUUCUUCUCAUCCCGCUGUUUGGAAUUCACUAUGUCAUCUUCAACUUUCUGCCCGACAGUGCUGGCCUGGGCAUCCGCCUCCCCCUGGAAUUGGGCCUGGGCUCUUUCCAGGGCUUCAUCGUUGCCAUCCUGUAUUGCUUCCUCAACCAAGAGGUGAGGACUGAGAUCUCACGGAGGUGGCACGGCCACAACCCUGAGCUGCUGCCAGCCCGGAGGGCCCUCACCAAGUGGACGGUGCCUUCCCGCUCCGGGGUGAAGGUGUUGACAUCUGUGUGCUAG